GAACUCAUAUAACCAGAACACGGUGCCCGUUCGGUGUAGGCGAUUUAACGGAGAGGACGAACUUACUGGACUGAGUUUAGCGGCGAAGUUACUGGACGUGUAGCCAACGAAGAGAAAGAUGGGUUACGAUUAUGGGAAAAACAGGAGCGAGCACCCCGAGCCUAUACAAGCAGAGGUGGAAGGUUCUCUUCCUGAGUGGCUUCAGGGGACUCUUGUGCGAAAUGGCCCUGGUCUCUUCUCGGUUGGAGAGACUUCUUACAACCACUGGUUUGAUGGAAUGGCGCUCAUGCACAGCUUCACAAUCAAGCAUGGCGAGGUUACCUAUAGAAGCAAAUAUCUCAGAGGUGACACUUACAACAGCAACAUGCAGGCCAACAGAAUAGUUGUGUCCGAGAUGGGGACCAUGGCUUAUCCACAUCCAUCUAAAAACAUAUUUUCCAAAGUGAUCACCUUUCUCAACCACACGGUUCCAGACUUUACAGACAACUGUGCUGGCAAUAUAAUAAAAUAUGGAAAUGACUACUAUGCCACAUCUGAAACCAACUACAUUCGCAAAAUUGACCCUGUGACCCUGGAGACACAAGACAAGGUGGAUUACCAGAAAUACCUUGCAGUGAACCUUGUUACGUCACACCCACAUUACGAUAAAGAGGGAACCACCUACAACAUGGGGACAUCAAUUGCAGACAAGGGCAAGACGAAAUACAUGAUAUUCAAGGUUCCUGCAGUGGGGAAAAGUGCCUCUGAGGAGUCUCCAGCCUUGAAGAACGUUGAGACCAUCUGCACGUUGCCCUGCCGCUCUCUCCUGACCCCGAGUUAUUACCACAGCUUCGGCAUGACUGAGAACUACUUCAUCUUUAUUGAGCAGCCCUUAAAGCUGGACAUUCUCAAAAUGGCCACUGCCUACCUGAGGGGGGUCAACUGGGCCAGCUGUUUAAAAUUCCACCCCGAGGAUGAAACCCUGAUUCACCUCAUUGACCGAAAGACAAAGAAAGAAGUUGGCAUGAAAUACUACACCGGAUCAAUGGUGGUAUACCAUCACGUCAAUGCUUUUGAAGAGGAUGGUCAUGUGAUAUUUGAUGUGAUCGCCUAUGAUGACAACAGCCUGUAUGACAUGUUCUACCUCGACAAGCUAAAAGAGCAAGACACAUCUGGCCCCAGCAAAACCUUUAGCAAACCUAAGUGCAAGCGAUUUGUGCUGCCACUUAAUGACAAGGGUGAGGCAGGAGAAGACCUGGUCAAGUUAAAAUACACAAAAGCAAGCGCUGUAAAAGAAAAGGAAGGGAAAAUUCUCUGCCAGCCAGAAGUGCUCACUGAAGGUGUGGAACUUCCCAGAAUCAAUUACAACUACAAUGGACAGAAGCACAGAUAUGUUUAUCUGACGGUUGCAGAGAAGGCUGAAUCCACAAUGAUUACCAAGCUGGAUGUUGAGACGAAGCAGCGGCUUGACUGGACGGCAGAAAACUGCUUUCCCUCCGAGCCUGUGUUCAUUCCCAGGCCAGGUGCAACUGAAGAGGAUGAUGGCGUAAUCCUGACUUCAGUCAUAAACUGCAUUCCUGAUGAGUCUGACUAUCUUCUGGUGCUCGAAGGAAAGUCUUUCAAAGAAGUGGCACGAGUACACGUCAACGCGGAGCUGCACAUAGACAUGCACGGCUACUUCAUACCACAAAACGAUUAAAUGCUGGACCUGCUGGUGGAGCGUGUGAAGAGUGAGCAAUGAGCUGUUGAAGAGAGACAAGAUAUUAAAAGAGAAAUGGAUCAAAAUGGUCCGUCAGAUUUGCACGAACAGCUACAAACUGUUAUUAAAGUUUACAACCAUGAAACCACAGGGCUGACCUCAAAUGGUCACCCCUUAUCUGUGAGCAUUCGCAGGUGUGCUGUGUGCUGGGCAGAGAAACACUGCAGACCAGUUCAUACACCAAUCAGGCAUAACAUUAUGACCACCUCCUUGUUUCUACGCUCAUUGUCCAUUUUAUCAGCUCCACUUACUAUAUAGGUGCACUUUGUAGUU